AUGCUUUUUCCUGGCCUCGAAGACUGCACCGCUUUCAACCAGAGGCCGGCUUUUUUGCAAAAACGAAGACAAUCUGGACCGAGCCUGAUGACACCACCGUCCACAAACGCAAGCAGCAGUGCUGCACAGCCGCCAAUGCAAGCAGAACUCUCGCAACAUGCGAACCAUGCAGCUGACGCUACGGAUAACAUGGAACCUUUAAUUAAUCUGUACUAUCCCAUGGCGACCGCUAGUUCUGAUAUCUACCCUUGGGACAGACCGUAUACCUCUCAUCUAUUCUCGUUCACCACAGAAUCGCCCAGUUCGCUGUACGAUGUGGACUUUUACGCUUCGGGGUUCGGCAGCCGGUCCGGGAGCAUUAACUAUGUUUCCGAUAGAAAAAGCGCCCCGACCUUACCCACGUAUCAUAGCGGCCCCCAGUGGCCGGCACAUGCAAAUCCUCACACAGCGUACGCUUCGGGAACAGAGAACAAUUCUAUGUCGUUUCAACAGGGCUCGCCCGAGUCCAGCACGUUAGGCAUCGUAUCGGCUGUGCACGGUUUCAUGGGGUCUGAGGACCCCAUAGAUUAUUACCAACACACCCCGAUAGCGUACCCUCAGCAUAAAAGUCACGGUUGCGAAACGGCAAACAGCGUACCGCUUUCAGAUAAUAGCGCUUUCCAGAUUUUUGACGAAAAUAUUGAAGCUUCUGGACACUUAACUGGUCAGCAUUAUGACCAAGAGGGGGAUUUUAUUGACGAGGAAGCGGAGAACAGUGAUGUAGAUCAUCGCAAUUCGAACUCUCUCCAGAGUGGCCAUUUUUCUUCUCACAAUUCUUCCUAUAGUGGAUUGGCCUCACAGAUGUCACAAGCUUUUUAUGCUGGUAGCAAUAACGGCGGCAUGGGCAACAACAGAAGGGUUUCGGACUCAAGACUCUCAGCGCAAGGGUUGGCCCAGGUUUUGAAUCUGGAUUCUGCAGAGGAAGCCCUGCGUCGAGAGCGCUUUAUUCUGGACAUUUUUGAGCGGGAACUUCACUACCCGUUGGGCUACAAAACAUGGGUUCGAGAUACUUCAAAAGAAUACCGUACGCAAUUGCUGGAUCAGUUGCAUCGGCGCGUUAUUCAAACAUACCCCGAGUACGACAAACCUGUGCUGGAAACUAUAAUAAGAAGAGCAACCUACUAUAUGAUGCAGAGUAGGCUUAGGAGGGAACGAAGGGCCAAGGCCAAACAGAAAAAGGAUCAGGACAGGACUAAUCGAGAUUCGAAAAACACAAGUCUUGACGAUAGUUUUGAAUCAGGAAAUGAACAUCAGGCCGACUUUUCAGCGCCCGCUUUCAUGAUGUGA